CUCUGGGCCUCGGGCGCGGGGAGCAGUGCAGUGAUUCUGGUCGGUAGACGCCGGGGAGUCUCCCCGCAGUGCAGAGUCCAGCGUCGUUCUUUCUCCUCGUCCUUCCGCCCAUGACGGUCAACGAUGCUUUCUUCAGUGCUGGAUAGCUCUUCUUCGACAAUUCUCAGAGUCAACCGCUGGUCGGGCUAUGCCGUUCGCUCUCUACCCUCUCGAAGCUGGUCGGCAAACAGCAGGCCUAUUCAUGUACUUGCGUCACCUGCGCUUCAUCGAGCACAAACGUCCUACCCCCGGCCGACAAACCUUACGACGCUCUCCCCGCGGAGGCAAUUUCAUGCCUCGAAUCCCCGUCAGUGGAUGUGUGCCCCCCCUCUCAUCUGGUGGUUCAAGACAUCCACUGCACUCAAUGUCGCAGAGACCGUCUUCCGCGUUGCGCUGACCUUUAUUCCCUUAGCCUCUAUGUCGCAGUUUCGCUCACGCAAAAUACUUGAGAAGAUCGAGAAGUUGCGGCAAAGUGGCCGCGGCAAAGACAUGGACCUUGAUGGCAAAGCACGCAGGGCUAUCAUGUAUCUGGGGAGAGCCCGGAAGAUUACGCGCACCCUACUGCUCAUACCGGCUGUCAUUGUAGCUUUCACGCUGCUGGCGGGUAUAGAGAGGACACCGUUGACUGGAAGAUGGAGAUUCAUCUUACUCUCCCCUUGGGAGGAGGAAGACAUCGCCUCACAAUUAGCGGGCACAGGCUGGUACGCCGCCGUUGGCGAGAUUCUAGCCACUGGCGGGAACACACCCAAGCUCAUCGACCCGUCCGAUUGGCGAUACCGCUGGGUCCAACAGACGCUGCGCCGCCUCGAAGACGUUAUCCCCGUCCUCCAAGCUGAGAAGGAGCUCCGGCCCGACUGGCUUGAAGGCGGGACGAAGGUGCCCCUUCCGCCGCCGUCUGACUACCCCCUACGGCCGCGCUUCCGCGAGUCAGACUACAUCGGUAGGAUGGCGGACGCAACGAAGCUGCGUUCGGCGCUACCCGAAGAAGUCAUACCGGGCCCGCCGUACUCGCUGUUGGUCGUCGACAGGCCGGACGCAUCUAAUGCGUUCUCGUACGGCUUCGGCCCAGACGGCGCUGCGGGUAUCGUGGUGUUCUCCGGCUUCCUCAACGACAUCAUGGCAAAGUACCCCAUCAAGAACGUCGUUGCGCUAGACGCGACCUCCGCAGAAGAGGUGUCGUGGUGGUCCGCCGUUUUCGGCGGCUUGUUCAACGCGCAGCCUGUACCGGCGCGGCCUGUUCCUACUGAGGAGCAGACCUCCGAGCUCGCCAUCCUCCUCGCGCACGAAGUUGCGCACUUGGUGCUCGCACACCACAUCGAGACACUCUCCAUUGGGUCCAUCGUUGGGCCGAGCCUUAUGACUAUCGCCACCGACGUCAUCCGGACGUUCAUGUUCCCCUUCACCAUGCUAUUCGGGCCCUUUAUCAAUGACGCUAUCUCCGGCGUUUGGAAGACAAGCUCAGUCGAGUUCGCUAAGCUUUCCGGCAUAUGCACAAGUCAUGAACAAGAGAUCGAGGCGGACAUCGUCUCCGCUCGCCUCCUCGCGCAUGCGGGUUUCGACCCGCAGCACGCGGUGCGCUUUUGGGAAAACCGCUCGCAGAGCGCUCAGAACGCCGAUUGCGCGCACGCGCCGAAGGACGAGGUCAUCCAGGAGCGCACGGGCAUCGGCAAGCACCUCCCGCACCCCUGGGCGGGCUCGACGCACCCGCUCAACGUCGAGCGCGUGCGAAAGCUGAAGCAGGAGCUCGAGCGGUGGGACGAGGAGCGCCGCCGCGCGCGGGAGGCAAGUGCUGCGCCCGCGCGGUCGUGGAAGAGGGCGUGGUCGCUGCUGGCGUAGGUGUGCGUCGUCGUGUCUGUCUUUCGUUCUUUGCUCUAGGUAGGUAGGUAGGUAGGUAGUCAUGGCCUUGUCUGGUCUGUUAUAUAUCGUGCUUCAGUCGUUCGCUCUGGUUUGUAUAUCUCUGUCGUAUAUAGCCCGCUCGCUCCACUAGUAUAUUAUUCGGUCUACAGCUGUACGAUAUAUUCUGCUAUUGCUCUCAGACUUCCUUGGCGCGGAAAAGUACGAACUGAGCAUCCA